AUGGGCAAAGUAAUUCGAGUCUUUGAGCCCUCGCUCGACGGGUCUACCACGUUCCAAGUCUUAACCAAGCCUCUGGUUACAGAGGGCACAGCUGAUAUCACGUCGGGCACAACGAUGGAUGCUCACCCGAGAAGCGUCUUCUUCGGCCACGUCGACGGCAAAGUUAGCAUUUACUCGACAAGCGACUACUCGUGCCAAAGGGUUCUCCAUGUUAGUGGUUGGAAAAUCAACACAAUGGCAGCAGUAGGUGCCGAUUUAUGGGUAGGCUUUUCGACCGGCAAGGUCAGCAUUUACGAUACGACCAAGAAUCCGUGGAUAAUGAAGAAGGAAUGGCAAGCACACGAUUCCACCAUCUAUCAGCUCAAAACAGACGUCACCGCGCCAUAUCGCAUAGAGCGUUCGCAAGUCGUAUCUAUUGGCAAUGACGGCAAGGUCAAGUUCUGGGAUGGCUUAUUGCAGGACGAUCAGCUCGAGGCAAGCCUCAAAUCUAGUGAGGUUCAGUACUGCCAGUUUGAUGAACUGUCGCUCAUGGUCAUGACUUGGAAUGCGGGAGCUGCGACACCCCAUAACUUGCGAUACUCGGACGGUGACGGGGGCUUUUUCCGGGAAUUUGUGCAAACGAGUGGCUCCCCCGACAUCUUGGUAUUCGGCUUCCAAGAGCUGGUGGAUCUCGAAGACAAGACUGCGACUGCUAAACGCUUCCUCAAAUCAAAGAAGAAGGACAGCUCAGACAAUGAGAACAUGAGCCACCGAUAUCGUGAUUGGCGAGACUUUUUGCUCAAGACUCUGGAUGACUACACGCCCCAAGGCCAUUUAUACCAGCUGCUUUUUAAUGCCCCUCUUGUCGGUCUCUUUACCUGUAUUUUUGUCAAGUCUUCGCUGCAGGGGCGCAUCCGCAACUUGCAGGGUGCUGAGGUCAAGCGUGGCAUGGGGGGCUUGCACGGCAACAAGGGUGCCAUUGCUGUCCGAUUCCAGAUUGAUGACACCUCGCUAUGCUUUGUGAACUGUCACUUGGCUGCAGGCCAAACACAGACCAGCUCACGCCAUGGCGACAUUGCCGCCAUCUUGGAGACCAGCCUGUUUCCCAUGGAGCGUGACAUGUCCGCCCGGCAAGACUACUACCGCGGAGGUGGUGAUGGCGCCAUGAUCAUGGACCACGAGAUUUGCGUCAUCAAUGGCGACUUGAACUACAGAAUCGACACCAUGUCUCGCGAUACGGUCGUGAACGCGGUGAAGCAGGGUAAUCUGGCCAAGAUUCGUGACCGCGACCAGCUCCUGGUCUCGCGGCGCAGGAACCCCGCCUUUCGAUUGCGCGCCUUUGAGGAGCUGCCACUCAACUUUGCGCCCACAUACAAGUACGACGUCGGCACGGAUCGCUACGAUACCAGCGAGAAGCGGCGCAGCCCGGCGUGGUGCGAUCGGCUGCUAUAUAGAGGCACCGACGGCAAGAUUGAGCAGCUCGACUACGGGAGGCACGAGGUUCGAGUCAGCGACCAUCGGCCGGUGAGCGGGAGCUUUCGGUUGCGCGUGAAGCGCGUGGAUGAGCGGAAGCGCGCGCAGGCCGUCAUGGAAGCGUACAACGGAUGGGAAGACGUGCGCCAGAAGCACCUUGAUGAUGCCAAGUAA